AUGUUGCCCUACAUAGACCAGAUAUUCGAGCUGCCAGCUCGGCUCACUGGCGCAUCAGUUGAUGAGCUCAAGCUGAUCGGCUCCUUCCUACUCUCCUACCCACUCGCAGCCCUGCUCAAGCGUAUUCCCGAUGCCCAGCCCUGGAAAAAGAAUGCCUUCAUUAUUGGUGUGUCGUUGUUCUACCUGGUUGGCUUGUUCGACCUGUGGGAUGGUCUUCGCACCUUGAUGUACAGUGCCGCGGGUACCUACGCCAUCGCAUACUAUGUGGACGGAUCUUUGAUGCCCUGGAUUGGAUUUUCCUUCCUUAUGGCCCAUAUGUCGGUCAACCACAUCUACCGUCAGAUUGCCGACGAAGCACACGCGGUUGAUAUUACCGGCGCGCAAAUGGUUCUUGUCAUGAAGCUCACUUCUUUCUGUUGGAAUGUCUACGACGGCCGUCGGCCCCAGGCUCAGCUGUCGGAUUCGCAGAAGUACUCUGCCAUCACCCAGUUCCCGAGCAUCGUGGACUACCUGGGCUACGUGAUGUUCUUCCCCUCCCUUUUCGCCGGCCCAUCCUUCGAAUAUGUGGACUACCGCCGUUGGAUCGAUACCACACUGUUCGAAGUCCCUCCAGGAACUGACCCGUCCAAGGUGCCCGCUACCCGCAAGAAGCGUAAGAUCCCUCGCAGCGGAACCCCUGCUGUCAAGAAGCUGGCCAUUGGACUGGUCUGGAUCUUUGCCUUCAUCCAGCUUGGCGCGUACUUUACCACCGACUUUGUGCUUUCGGAUUCUUUCCUGCAAUACUCUUUCCUGCGUCGCGUAUUCACCGUACACAUGGUGGGCUUCACUGCGCGCCUGAAGUACUAUGGCGUCUGGUCUCUGACCGAGGGUGCCUGUAUCCUGUCCGGCAUGGGAUACAACGGCUUCGAUCAGACCACUGGCAAAGUAUUCUGGAACCGACUAGAGAACGUCGAUCCCUGGGGUCUGGAGACGGCGCAAAACUCGCACGCGUACCUCGGCAGCUGGAACAAGAACACCAACCACUGGUUGCGCAAUUAUGUCUACCUCCGCGUGACCCCCAAGGGCAAGAAGCCCGGUUUCCGCGCCAGCAUGGCCACCUUUGCCACCAGUGCCCUCUGGCACGGCUUCCACCCAGGAUACUACAUGACAUUUGUCCUUGGAUCAUUCAUCCAGACCGUAGCAAAGAACUUCCGCCGCUACGUCCGCCCCUUCUUCCUCACUCCAGACGGAUCAGCCCCAAUGCCAAACAAGCGCUACUACGACAUCCUCAGCUGGCUCGCAACCCAACUGACUCUCUCCUUCACUGUCCUCCCCUUCAUCCUGCUCAGCUUCAACGAGUCCAUCACCGUCUGGUCAAGAGUCUACUUCUACGGAAUCGCCAGCACCCUCUUCUCCCUCGGAGCCUUUGCCUCCUUCUCCCCACUGAGAAAAUACCUCGUGUCCGCACUGAAGCGUCGCUCCCGUCCAGCCGUCGGACGCAGCGUCAGCACCGACUCCGUCCGCCCGCCGGUCCUGGGUCUGCCAAAUGACCCGGAGCGGGACUUUGACGAGGCCGUCCAGGAAAUCAAGAAUGAGAUUGACGCUAGAGCGAGACGCGGUAGUGUUGCUACCAUGCCUACCGGUCAGGAACUGAAGAAUGCCGUUGAGCAGAAGAUUGGUCGGAAACUGUGA